AUGGCUAACAGGCUUACUUACCACUGCGAAAACUCCAACUAUCUAAGCGAGAAGCAAUAUGGCUUCAGGAGAGGAAGAAGUACGAUCACAGCACUGGACGACAUAGUUAACACCAUCACUGAGGCCAAAAAAAGAGGCGAGCACACCAUGGUGGUUUCGAUCGACUUCAAAGGGGCUUUCGACCACGCAUGGUGGCCUGCUAUCCUCUCGAGCAUUAAGGAAUUUGGAUGCCCGAGGAAUAUCUAUAACCUUGUAAAGAAUUACCUACAUAACAGAAAGAUAAUAGUCAUAAACAAUAAACAAACCCAUCUUUACAGGAGUAUCAACAGAGGAUGCCCCCAGGGCUCAAGAACAGGUCCGUUCCUCUGGAACGUUAUGUAUAACAGCCUACUGACCUCAAGUUCAGCCUUUCCAGGGGACAGCGACUGCAGUAUCCAAGGAUAUGCAGACGACACGGUCCUAGCUAUUUCACACAAGAAUCAAGAGGUCCUUCAAGCUAGGGCCAACAACAUCCUACAGGCAAUUUCCAAAUGGAGCCACAACAUGAAACUGGAAAUUAACUACGGCAAAUGCAGCUGUGUCGUCUUCCCUAAGAAUACCCCAUUACGAAAAGGCCCUAUUGUAAAAAUGGACGGUCAACGUAUUAAAAACAGCGACAGGUUUAAGUAUCUGGGGGUAAUCCUCGACAACAGACUUACAUGGAAGCACCACGUGCACUACACUUAUGAGAAAGCCAUCAAGGUAAUGCACUCUCUUGCCUCCAUCGCCCGGAAUCACUGGGGAUACAGCAAUUCCGUCUGCCGCCUCUUGUACAUUUCUGUCAUAGAACCAAUCUUGCUGUAUGGGGCAGAAGUAUGGGGGCCUUCCAUCACGAAGGUGCAUAUCAAAAGAAAACUUUCUUCGGUGCAGAGGCUCGCCCUGAUUUCGUGCACCAAGGCCUACAAGACCGCUCCUACGGAUGCGCUCUUGGCAAUAGCCAACCUCAUCCCCAUUGACCUCGUCAUGAAAGAAAAAGUCUGGGCUUAUCAGCAACUAAAACUUGCCAAGGGGAUUACCACAAACCUCAAAUUUAACACUGUUAUGAAAAACCUUGAAGACAGCACCACUAUCGAUAACAUCUCGAACCACCUGAAUAACUUCAAAUUGGACUUAAAUAAUCACCAGAAAUUCUUACACCCUAAGACUUCUCUAGAAGAGAUUUUCUCUCUGGAGGGUCCCACGGACCACACCGGCUAUACCAUCUACACCGACGGGUCCAAGUCUGAGGACGGGGUGGGCUGUGCCUUCGUUGUAACCAACAACAAUAUUAACAUUCACCAAGCUCGGUUUAAACUGGCAAACCACUGCACUGUGAACCAAGCCGAGUCUCUGGCUAUUUGCAGGGCUCUCCACUGGAUAAACAAUAAUAAGGACACGCAUAAGUUCAAUAGGAUAAACAUUCUCAGUGACAGUAGAGUGGCACUUCUUCAGUUAAAGAACCUUAACACCAAGUUAAGCAUCAUCCAAGAAAGUGUCAACCUCCUAUUGUCUAUCAAGGAAGACGUCAACAUACGACUUUCCUGGGUCCGGGGGCACUCGGGGAUCCCGGGUAAUGAGAGGGCCGACCUCUUGGCUCGCUCAGCCCCUGCGUGGGUUAACAACUACACCUUCGAGCUCACGCCUCUCACCUGGGUGAGGCACACCAUCAGAAACCGCACUUGGGAAAUUUGGCAAGACAGAUGGAGCAAAAGCAAUACAGGUAGGACUACUUUUGGCUUCAUUCCGAACGUUCGGGACAGAAGCACCUACACACACUUCAUCACCAAUUACUGCAUCACCCAACUACUCACAGGGCACGGGAACUUCCGAAGCUACCUAAGGAGGUUUCUGCACAAGACCGACGGGAAGUGCCCCUGUGAGCUAAACGAGGAUGAAGACUCUGGACACAUACUUUGGAACUGCCCGGACUACAAUACACAAAGGCAGCGCUUGAUCAUCAAGGUUCAAGACAAUAACGACUUAUGGCCAUGCAAAAGCAAAAUUCUUAUCAGCAACAAGCAGUACUACAAUGCCUUAAAAGACUUUGCCUCAAGCAUUAAGGUGCUCGACUAG